CUCUUUCCGGUCUUCCGUGUCAACAUGGCGGCUUCCAUGGCAUCCCAGGCUGCAGCGAGAGGACUGAGAACAGCAGCCUCAAAGCACUUACUCCUGGACAAGCUCAAGUGCACCUGGUCGAGUCCCAGGAGAUGGCUGAAUCUGCAAGAGUACCAGAGCAAGAAGCUGAUGCAAGAGAGCGGCGUGGCUGUCCAACGCUUCUAUGUGGCCGACUCAGCUUCUGAGGCCUUGGAGGCUGCAAAGAGACUCAAUGCCAAGGAGAUUGUGUUGAAAGCUCAGAUUCUGGCCGGUGGCAGAGGCAAAGGUGUGUUUGACAGUGGCCUUAAAGGUGGAGUGCACUUAACUAAGGACCCCGCUGUGGUUGGUGAACUGGCCAAUAAGAUGCUGGGUUUCAACCUGACCACCAAGCAGACACCGAAAGAUGGAGUGAAAGUGAAAACGGUGAUGGUUGCUGAGGCCCUGGACAUCACCAGGGAGACCUACUUUGCCAUCCUGAUGGACCGCGCCUGUAAUGGUCCCGUCAUGGUAGGCAGCCCUCAGGGAGGUAUGGAUAUCGAGGAGGUGGCCGCCAGCUCCCCAGAGCUCAUCUUUAAGGAAGUCAUAGACAUAUUUGAAGGGGUGCAAGACGUCCAGGCACUUCGCAUGGCAGCUAAUUUGGGUUUCAAAGGACCUCUGCAGAGACAGGCAGCAGAUCAGAUUAAGAGGCUCUAUGAUCUGUUCCUGAAAGUCGACGCCACUCAAGUCGAAGUCAAUCCUCUCGGAGAGACUCCCGAAGGACAAGUGGUUUGCUUUGAUGCGAAGAUCAGCUUUGACGACAAUGCCGAGUUUCGUCAGAAAGCAGUGUUUGCCAUGGACGACAUGACUGAAAGCGACCCCACCGAGACAGCGGCAGCCAAGUGGGACCUCAAAUACAUCGGGCUGGAUGGAAACAUUGCCUGCUUUGUGAAUGGAGCCGGUCUGGCCAUGGCCACAUGUGACAUCAUCGACCUGCAUGGAGGAAAGCCAGCUAACUUCCUGGACCUGGGGGGAGGAGUCCAAGAGAGGCAGGUGUACGAGGCGUUCAAGCUCCUGACCGCCGACCCUAAGGUCGAGGCCAUCUUGGUCAACAUCUUUGGUGGAAUCGUCAACUGUGCCAUCAUCGCCAACGGCAUCACCAAGGCUUGCCGAGAGCUGGAGCUGAAGGUGCCGCUGGUGGUCCGGCUCGAAGGGACCAACGUCCACGAGGCCAAGAGGAUUCUGACCGAGAGCGGCCUGCCCAUCACCGCAGCAGAGAACCUGGAUGACGCUGCCAAGAAAGCAGUGGCGGCCAUCCACAAAUAGAAAGCUCUCGGUGCAACUGCUCCACACUCUGCCCACUCAUUACCAACACGCAUCACCGGCAGCCUUUUCUCACACACGCAGACCUCCAGGACCUCAAGCCUUUGCUCUCAUAAGCUCACCAGCUUUACCAAUAUUAAGAUGCCAAACACGUGUGCAGUGUUAAUUAGCAGAUUCAACUACUUUUUAUUUUCUAAAUCACUCUGUAACUCUUCGGCUUGCCUCCACAUCAUGUCCUGGAACAUCCUAAAUCUUCAGUGACAGAAAUUGGAAAGAGAUCUAACACUAAGUGCAUUCCAUUUUCCAAAGCGAUCCUUUCCAUUUGUGUGGAAUAUUAGUUCAGAGAGAUUUUCAGCUCCCUCGUUUUUGUUAAAGUACAAUAUGACUGAAAACAGCCUGUUGUUGUGAAAUCUCUAGAACAAGCUGGUCCAAGAGGCCACGUCACACCGGGCACGUCUUAACUCUGGAUUAAUCGGUCUGUUUUCUUAGUGACGAAACAAAUCCAUUAAUCCACCCAAUGCCUUAUCUGUGUAUCAAAUGAGGAGGAUGAAGUAUCCACGCUGUGAAUAUGAUACAGCACGUCUUAAUUGUGAAGUGCUCUCGGGUGUUAACUGCUUAAGUCGGCGCCCGUUUCAAGAAGGAUUUUGUAAACUAUCUUGCCGACUCUUUAGGUAGCAGCAGUUACGUCCAUUCAGAGGUGCUGAGAAAACAAAAUCAAGAAUACAACUGUACUUAACUCUUUUUAUAAUCAACAAUGUAUAUUGACAGGAUACCUUGAAGACGGUGUCAAAACUGUGUAUAUAAUUUGAGGGAUUAAAAACAACUAUUUCAAA